AUCUUUUCUGCAUCGAGCUGUUGGAUUCCCCAUUUAGGAGAAGAGUCGACCCCAAGAUGAACACACACAUAUUCUUUGCUUUGGCUUCAACUGUACUCAAGAACGCACCGAGCCGCUGUCUCUGUUUAUUUUCGGCCACCAUUUCUAUUUCUGCAGACCUCGCCUCCAGUGUGAGCACUUGCGGAUAAUCGUCAACAGCAAGAGUAGCUGCCACUGAUUCAUCAACGGCAAUGAGAGCACGCACGUACUCGGUUGCUUCUUGCUUCCCCGCGAUGUGAUGUGCAAAAACGGAGGAGUAAAGCUUCAAACAGAAUACUGACGUACGUCCCCAUCCGUGCCCAUCUUCGUCCCUCGUCAAUUGGAUGCCUUCUCGGCUAGCUUUGCUUCCACUCGUGGGACUGCCUUUUUUACUCAAAUUGCUGGUUGCUUGACGCAGUACGCUUCUAGCCACUGGUUGCAUGAGCGAUAGCCUGUGCUAUAUAUAUGGGUAGGCUGUGGAUUCAGUACUCUAUUCUUUGAUUUGAGCUACGGGUUCAGUUUAGAUGAGCACAAUGGCCGUGCCGAGGGUGUAUGCCGGUCAUUGGCUCCGUUGUGUGCUGGUAGUGGUGUGUGCCUUGUGCUGGGCAUCAUCCUCUGUUAGGCUCGUGGCGGGACAGGCCGGGCAGCUGAGCGUGGACGCCUCGCCGCAGACUGCGAGGAAGAUGCCUGACAAGAUGUUCGGCAUCUUUUUUGAGGAGAUCAACCAUGCUGGUGCUGGUGGGUUGUGGGCAGAGCUUGUGAGCAACAGAGGUUUUGAGGCCGGUGGGCCUAAUACACCAUCAAACAUCGACCCAUGGUUCAUAAUUGGAAAUGAAUCAAGCAUCAUCGUGGGAACCGAUCGGACAUCUUGUUUCGAACGUAACCCGGUCGCACUCCGAAUGGAAGUUCUUUGUGGUUCUAAAGGAACUAAUGUCUGCCCAUCCGGAGGGGUUGGGGUCUACAAUCCUGGUUACUGGGGCAUGAACAUUGAAAGAAGGAAGGGUUAUAAGGUGAGCCUGCACAUUAGGUCUUCAGAUGCAGUUUCCUUGACCAUUUCUUUGGCAAGCUCUGACGGUCUGCACAAACUCGCUUCUCGCACCAUCACGGGUGGCAAGAAACAAUUCGCCAAAUGGACAAAGAUACAGUUUCGUUUGUAUUCCAGCCAAAACAACACUAAUUCAAGGCUUCAAAUUACAACCACUAAAACUGGGGUGGUCUGGCUCGAUCAAGUGUCGGUUAUGCCAUCAGACACUUACAUGGGACAUGGUUUUCGGAAGGAUCUUGCUUCUAUGUUGGCCAAUUUAAAGCCCCAGUUUCUCAAGUUUCCAGGCGGUAACUACGCCAUGGGAAACUAUCUAAGAAACGCGUUUCAUUGGGGCGAAACUGUGGGUCCAUGGGAGGAAAGACCUGGCCAUGUCAAUGAUGCCUGGGGAUACUGGACUGACGAUGGGCUUGGAUUCUUUGAGUUCCUUCAGUUAGCUGAAGACCUUGGUGCUUCCCCUGUUUGGGUGGUGAAUGAUGGAGCAAGCAUUAAUGAAGAAGUUCCUACUGCAAUAAUUGCAUCUCUGGUGAAGGAUGUUGUUGAUGGCAUCGAGUUUGCAAGGGGAGGCGCCAACACUACAUGGGGUUCAGUUCGUGCGGCAAUGGGACAUCCACAGCCCUUUAAGCUUGAUUAUGUUUCAAUAGGGAAUCAAGAAUGCUGGAUGCUCUACUACAGAGGCAAUUACCAAAAGUUCUAUUCUGCGAUUAAAGCUGCCUACCCAGACAUCAACAUUAUAUCAAGCUGUGAUAAGUCAACUACUUCAGCAUCCAACCCUGCCGAUCUAUAUGAUGUUCAUGUCUAUGCAUCUUCUGCUAAUAUGUUUUCGAGAACUAGUAUGUUUGACAACACACCACGCAGCGGACCAAAGGCAAUUGUUAGUGAGUACGCCGUGACUGGAAACGACGCUGGCAAAGGAACACUGGUAGCAGCACUCGCAGAAGCUGCAUUUCUCGUUGGAUUAGAGAAGAACAGUGAUGUGGUCGAGAUGGCAAGCUGCGCACCGCUGUUUGUAAACGACAACGAUCGCAGGUGGAGCCCAGAUGCCAUUGUGUUCAACUCAUGGCAGCACUACGGAUGCCCAAACUACUGGAUGCUGCACUUCUUCAAGGACUCGAGCGGCGCAACCUUUCACCCCACAACCAUGCAGGUCUCCAACUAUGACCAGAUGGUUGCAUCUGCCAUCACCUGGCAGAGUCCUAAAGACAAGAGCACUUACCUGAAAAUAAAGGUCGUAAACUUCGGCAGCAAAGCCGUGGAUCUCAACAUAACGGUCACGGGACUGGAGAGCGGCAUCAAGAGCUCCGGCUCGAAGAAGACGGUGCUGACAUCCGCGGCGCCGCUCGACGAGAACUCGUUCGGACAGCCAGAAAAGGUGGCGCCGGUGUCGAGCCCGGUGGCCGACGCCAAGCAGCAGAUGGGCGUGUCAGUGAGCCCUUACUCCCUCACCUCGUUCGAUCUCCUGCUGGAGCCCAGCAAACACUCAAUCAUAUGAAGAAGUAGCUCGAGUGGAAGGAAACCAUAAGGAUAAUUACUAUACGUACUAUUGUAGAUUGUAGUAUUAUUCUGUGUGCCUGGAUUGUAUGUCUGAAAGAAACAUUACGUAGCCAUAUCCGAAGCUUAUUAGCGAAUGUUGUUCCUAGAACCACUAGCAAUAUUUUCAGAACUUCAUCACCAUCCGUCGUAGUCUAGGUGGUUAGGAUACUCGGCUCUCACCCGAGAGACCCGGGUUCAAGUCCCGGCGACGGAACAUUUUUGGUUCCCGCGCCACUUUCAACACAUCAUACAAGUUCCAAUUUCAAACGGCUACUACUCCAGUUUCAGUUUUAA